AUUCCUGUUUCUUCAUUAUUAGGAGACGCCAGGGAUGGCUGCCCCAGUGGGCAACGACCGUGUAAGGGAUCUCCAGAGUGAGGUUGAAGGGGUAAAGAACAUUAUGUCUCAAAAUGUGGAGCGAAUCCUGGCUCGGGGAGAGAACCUCGACCAACUAAGGAAUAAAACGGAGGACCUGGAGGCCAGUUCUGAACACUUUAAGACCACGUCCCAGAAGGUUGCCCGGAAAUACUGGUGGAAGAAUGCGAAGAUGAUCGCUAUCAUCUGUGUGAUAGUUGGAGUCAUCGUCCUCCUCAUCAUCCUCCUUGCCACUGGAGUCAUCCCAACAUAGACUGCUUUUCUGUUGCCACCUUCUUCCUCUUCACUCCCCCACUGAAGACUCUCACAGACCUCACAUGGAUGAACCCUGGAGACUGGCCAAGAGGAAUUCUAUUUGUCUAUGUAUAUAAGACGCCUCAAGCUGUUAUCUUCCUUUUGUAAAUUUGCCUUGUUCUACCCAGUAGCAAUAUGUGCUGAGGUGCUUUCGUAUACUUUAGCAGUAAUCUUUCUAAUCUGAAAUCGACUGGAAUGCUUUCCAUAUGUCUUUAUAAUCCUGUUCAGUUAAAGAUGAGAUAAAACCCAUCAUGUAUAGAAUGAAAGUCUCAUAGAACUGCAAAACGAUAUGAAGGGAAAUGUUUGCAGAAUAUGCAAUAUCAAGUUUAGUUUAUUGCUGUCGGAUUACGCAGCAGGGAUCUGACGUUGUAUGGAUGGCCAUGGCACACACCACCUGUCAUCAGAUCUUGGACGGGGGAGUCUAUUGGUGGAGUUGGCCUUUUGGCUGAUGGACCUCCUCCAAGAUAUGAACUGCACCAGGAGGUCUGCUGUGCACAGAAUUCUACCACUACACAUCCACAGAAGAAAAGCUUCAGCGUCACCUUUGUGACUUAUAUGGCAGGUCCCUUACCGAAAAUGCAGCACAUUAUACUAGUUAGUUUGAUUAGCAUUUUCUUCUAGUCAAUUUUUCUUCUGACAUCAGCAAUGUUCAGGGAGGGAUAAGGGGGCGUCAGGGUAGGGGUUGGGGCAUCAUCCUCAAAGCUGCUACACAAUAUGUGAUGAAUCUUUUGGUACAGCCAUUCUCAACCUUGUUACUCCAUUGGAACCCUUGAGAUGAUGGUCUGGUCUCAGGUAACCCCUGCUUAAAUUAAAUCAUUGGGGGUUAGUGGGAAGAAUGCCACUUACAUUGGUGGUCAUUGUAACGAGUGCCCUCCUUAAAGUAGUAAUCAGAAUGCCACCAAGACCAUUGGUGUCAUGCCGCUGGCUUUCCCAGGUGGCACUGGACCUGAAACUAUGUAAACACCAUCAGAUGGAAGGUCAAUGAGCCACAGCUCAAGGAACCCCUAUCAGCCUCUGGAGGAACCCCAGAGCUCCACAAAACCAUGGUUGAGAAUGGCCUAAAAGGUUUGUAAAGG